AUGAGUAAAAUAAGGAAUUUAUAGUAGCAAAACUUAAAUAAUAGACUAGAGUCACUUACUAAUGAUUAAAGAACAGCUAUUAAAUAUGUUUUGAUAACACUUAGCUUUAAAGCUGGCGAGUUAAUUAUGAAUGAAGGAGAUUAAGUAGAUUAAUUUUUUAUUAUAAAGAAAGGAGAGAUUGAA